AUGGCGAUCAUGCGCCUGCUGCAUGUCGAUGACAGCGGCAACAUCAAGCUCACGCAGCACGAUCCUCGCAGUCCUCCACCAUAUGCCAUCCUGUCGCACACGUGGAGCGAAAACGAUGGCGACGAAGUCCUCUACGAAGACGUGCAGACAGAUGCUUGGAAAAGGAAGAAAGCGAGGUACAAGAUUGACUUCUGUGCAGCACAGGUCAAAAAGGAUGGUUUGGAAUACUUCUGGCUCGACACAUGUUGCAUCAAUAAGGGUACCGACAGGAACGGAACCGAAGUCGAAGCUGCCAUAACGUCCAUGUUUCGCUGGUAUGCUGCAUCAGUCAAAUGCUAUGUGCUUCUGUGUGAUGUGUCGUCGAACAAGCGUAACGCUGAAGGUCUUUGUGAUCUGCGCAGCUCGAACUUCAACAAAGCACGGUGGUUUACCAGAGGCUGGACGCUGCAAGAACUUCUUGCUCCUUCAUGCGUAGAGUUCUUCUCACGCGAAGGCGGCUUGAUUGGUACCAGAGCAUCUCUGAAACGAGAAAUCCAUCGCGCUACAGGCAUCCCUCUGACGGCUCUCGAUGGCGCCAAACUAGCGAGCUUCAGCAUCGACGAACGCCGACAAUGGGCAGUCUUUCGGAAAACCAAAGAACCUGAAGACAUGGCCUACUGUCUUGCUGGCCUUUUCAAUGUCUACCUGAAACCUCACUAUGGAGAGGAUCUGGAGAAUGCAUGGCACAGGCUACAGGACGAGAUCAAGAAGAGAUUGGGACGAUAUAUAGACGGUCUUGAGCCACCCGUUCCGUUAGUAUCAGAUGAAGCACCCUCAGUGGCUCGAGGUCCAGACCGCCCUGGAACAGAACAUGGCUCUACCGCUGCCCGUCGGUCGUUGUUGCUCGAGUCAUUGGCCUUCGACGACAUGGACGUCCGGCGUGACACACACAGGUCUGCCCACAGAGCCACUUGCAAGUGGCUCUUGAGGCACGAGGCUUUUGUCCAGUGGAGCACGUCCACCCAUGACCGAGGAGACUGCAACUUCCUCUGGAUCAAGGGCGACCCUGGCGUGGGGAAAUCGAUAAUGAUGAAGCACAUUUUCACUGAUAUCAAACGAAGAAAAAGCCCCAACGAUAUCGUUGUUUCUUUCUUCUUCAACGCCCAGCUUCUGGACGAUAUUAAGACUGACACCUGGACCGUUGAUUCCGUGUGCGAGAUCCUAUAUGCUGCCACAGAGAAGCUAAGAGACAGGCGGUUAGUGUGCUUCAUCGACGCUCUCGACGAAUGCGACGAACAGGAAAUUCGCGACAUGAUCACGUUCAUGGAAGAUCUCAGUAUGCACUCCGUCGAGUCAGGGACUCAGUUCAGUAUUUGCUUUGCCAGCCGUCACUAUCCCACCAUCGUGGUACGUUAUGGGAGUCAGAUUGUGCUUGAAGAUGAGCCAGGCCACGAAGAGGACAUCAUUCAAUACGUCAAUAAAGAGCUCAAGGGAGGCAGUGGUAGUGCUGUCCAACACAUCAAAGACACUAUUCUAACGAAAUCGAAUGGCGUCUUCCUUUGGGUCUUUCUCGUGGUCCGUAAGAUGAAUGCCAUUCUCGCGCAGGGCCGGGUGAAAGAGGCGAAAAAGGCGCUUCACGAUACCCCCGAGGAGCUCGAUGAACUGUUCAAACAGAUUAUCGAGCGCGAUACUGUGCGACGAGGCGACCUGCUGCUGUCAUUAAUGCUCAUUGCCUUUGCUAGGCGGCCGCUAGACAGAGAGGAAUUCUGUCACGCAAUCGAGACCUGGAAUGAGGAGGAUCCGUCGGGACUCACAGGUCUCGAUCGGGAUGAGUUCACAGCCGAUCAUAUGAGCUUAUACGUCUCUAGCUCGACCAAAGGCCUUGCUGGUCUGACCACACGAAAGAAGUCUACUGUUCAAUUCAUUCAUGAAUCUGUUCACGAUUACUUGGUGAAAAGGAAUGGCCUCAUCAAGCUGUGGCCUGGUGAGAUCAAUGGCGACCUCUUCGCGUUCAGCCACGACCAGAUAAAGCAGUGUUGUGCGAAGUACAUAAGCUCCGAUUUAACGGGUUACGUUAAAGGAGAUCGCGAACUGCCGAAAGCGAAGUCGGCCGAGGGCAGACUUCUGCGGGAAAAGGUCACGAAGGCUUUCCCCUUCCUCAACUAUGCGGUUGACAACUUGUGGUAUCACUCCAAUAACGCGCAUGCUGAUCUCAGUCCACAGAUGGCAUUCUUGCGGUCGUACCCUAGAGAACAAUGGCUUCUCGCGGCCAAUGUGGUACAAAUUCAUUCAACUCGGAGAUACAGCAAAAAUACCAGUUUGUUACAAAUCCUGGCGGCGAACGCAGCACCGAAGCUGAUCGGCUUGAUUGGUGCCCUGGGUAGCCCACAGUGGGCAGGCAAGUAUGUUGCAAAGCGUGACCGACACCCAGUCUUUACUGCAAUCGAAGCAGACUGUGAUGAAGACGUCAUUGUCGCGAUAACGCAAUACUGCAGCAAUUUUGGGACUGUCGACAAUGGCUUGGAUAUAACCACACUGGCGCCGCUCCACACCGGCAAUAAGGAACACCGUACGGCCCUGGGCUAUGCUGCGAAGAAGGGUUGGAUGACCGCAGUUCAGUCGCUCUUGAAUGCUGGAGUCGACGUCGACCACCCUGCUCGCGACUCGCGAACGCCAACGGCUCUUUUCAUCGCCUGCUACAAUAACAGAUACCAGGUUGUGCAAGCUCUCCUUUCAAAUGGCGCAGAUCCCGCUCGCACUGCUAAAUUCUACAAUGUGAAAACCAGGUACUACCUACAGGAUGCGCAUGUACUUGUUGUUGCGUCAUUCUUUGGCUAUGCAGGCAUUGUGAGAUUACUUUUGAAGGAGAGAGAUAUACUCGACGAUGACGAAAUCAUGCUCGACGCUGUACAGGUGGCGGCAGAUCGAAAUCAUCAGGAAAUUCUCGAUGUGCUACAGGAAGCUAUCACCGCCGUGCCUGCUGAUUUUGGGGUGACCUUCGGCUGUGCUUUCACAGCCGCCCUGGUUCAGGGCAACAUUGAGGAUGUCAAGAUACUGCUGAACGACAGCGCCAGGCAAAAGAUAGGUCAAAGCCACCUGCAGCAAGCCCUUUUCGACGCAGCGCGCUUUGGUGAUGUCGGAGUGAUGCACCUUCUGUUGGACAAGGAAGUCGACCCAAACAGCGUGGGAUUCUUCCACUAUGAGUCGUCUGGGUGGCUUGAGCGCCGCGAAGGGUUUGCCGUCGCCGCCGCGAUAGCCCAUCUGCACAAGGAGGCAGCACAGGUUUUAGUCGACCAUGGGGCUACCCUUGAACCAGACAAAUUCGAAUUUCUCAUCGACGCGAUGCUCAAAGAAUCACGCAAAGGGAAUCUUGCUGCUUUAGAGCUGUAUCUCAUGUACGUGCCCAAUAACACACGAUGUCACCCAGGAUUGGCGUUGAAGUUCGACAUCGAGCUCCAAGGCAGCUCGUCUGUCCGCUGGAUCGACGUGGCCCUGGUCGAAGCGGUGAACAAAGGCCACACCGAGCGGGUGCAACUAUUGGUCGACGGUGGUGCUGAUCUGACCGCACGGCACAGGCACUGGGGAAAUGUCCUUGUAAACGCAGCAUACUUAGGUCACGUGGAUAUCGCAAGGGUGUUGUUGAGCGCAGGUGCUGAUGUACACAUACGGUGCCUAACAAGUCUCGCUUUUGGAGGUCUCGAAUGUACAGCCCUUGAAGCUGUCCGAUACCGGAUCAAGAACGAUGCCACAUCCUGGGACAGGGAAGAGAUACUUAGAAUGCUGAUCGACGCCGGUGGUGAUGCGGACCGCAGAUAUCCGCCGGCUGCUCUCUCAUUAGUGCUGAAGACGAGGCUGAGAUCAAUGUUGGGCCUGGCAUCGCUCUUGAAGCUGACUCGGGCCGUUGGGCUUGCCUCCGACGACGUCGACCUUGGAACCGCCGUCGGCACAGAAGACAUCACUCUCGCGGCUGACCCGGACCUUCGGGCUGAUUUCGAUUAUUCUCCUUAUUUCGACUUUAGGGCUGCCGCUGACGCUUGA